CGGAUAAACUGAUCUAACUGGACGAUUUGAAUAAUAUUAUGUGUUAAUUUGGACUUCUAUUAUAGUUUGCUUUUCUUCUCUUUCGCAAUCUCAAGCCUCAACGGCUGAGAAUCGGCGACAAGUUUUCACAAUCAUAUUCUCGAGUCCUAGAUCAUAGACGACAGGGGAAGACAGGCCUUUCUCCUCCUAAUCAUUGUACAUACUACUAUGACCCACGCGGACCUGGUGACUUCCACCCUUGACAUGGAAGUUUUUUCGAUGGAUGUGGACACUUUACAUCCCAAUGUUGAGGAAAGCCUGUACCGCUUGCGCGUAGGCAGUCAAGUGAAAUACAUCACCAUCGAACCGGGAACAUUCCCUAGUGAUUUUUUGCCCUUUCCUAUGGACCUCCUCCCCCUCCUCCCACAUCUGCCGCCAGGUAAUUGGGUUGAGGCGCGAGUGGCGCGAGACUCUAAUGGCAAUCCCACUGCGCAGCCCACGAACACCACACUACCAGAAGUGCGCGAGCAGUGGCAUUUCAACAGAGUGGAUGCCCUUUCACUACCCCUCGUUCAAAUCAUGACCCCACGUGUUCGGGUGGUCCAGUACGCUUCGAGGCCGGUGGUGGCCAAGAUUACCAGGUUUGAUUUUGAGAUCCCGCGGAUGGAAAGAGAAACUGCGGCGUAUCGAGCGAUCAAAGGGUGUGGCGUGGGCCCAGAAUUCCUUGGGCACAUCGUCGAAGGGGACAGGGUGAUAGGGUUCUUAAUAGAACAAUUGCACGGACGACCGGCUGGUCCGGAAGACUUGCAGGGAUGUCGCGAUGUGCUGCAGCGCCUGCAUGAGCUAAACAUCAUUCAUGGGGAUCCGAACAAACACAACUUCGUCGUGGCGUCGGACGGAACUGUCACAUUAAUCGACUUCGAGAAUGCGAUGCUGUGCAGGAGUGCUGAGCAGAAGGAUGAGGAGCUCGCUACUUUGCCUGCCCAGCUGAGUGAGACAACAGGACGAGGUGGCGUGGCUCUGACACACUUAGCCUACUGAACGUAUUCUUCGGCUUUUCAAGUGUGUAGUGGAAAACAUUCGUCAAGUUAACCAACGCCGAUGAAAGAUAUAUAGCACUGUUGAUAAAAUUACAGCUGUGCCUAAAUCCCUUGCAAGCGAUCCUGCAUGAUAUGACAACGCAGACACCACAGCAGGAGUGCCUGUAUGCGCAUUCAAAGGUGUAGACACGAGUCACACAACGAAACCGAAACCGCGAACGCGUCUAUAGGAGGUGACGUGCCACACGAGUUUUCUCUCGUGCGCUGGCCAUACGCUACGGAACCUGCAACAAAGUCGGAAGAUAAGCUGGCACAAGUCAUAUCUCAGCAACUGUCCUCUCGAAUAUCUCACCAGAAAAUACUCAAUAGUAAUACUGAAACACUGACGAGACAAUUUUAUUUGACUUCACCUUCACAACACACGUAUUGUAGGAAUGAUAACA